AGCUCCAACUUCCUCCUGCGCGUCCAGUGCGCUGCGUUCUGCUGCCCCGUCCACAUCUCCAACCCUAACCCGGAGGAAACAGGAGCGACUGUGAGGAGGAUGGGAGCUUCUUAAAUUAAAAGAAAUGAGGAAUAUUCCCGCCGCAGUCCUCUGACCCUAGAAGACCACAGACCCGUACAGAAAUAAGAGUCGAAGUGAUUGGUUGAAGAGUGCUGAAGGCACCAUGGGCUGUGUGGGCUCAAAGGAAGAGCGUGAGCCUCAGGGCAAAGAGACGGGUAUCGAUGAGCUGCAGAACCGCAUUCAGACGGCCCACUAUGUCAAAGACCCCACCGCAGGAAACUCUAGCAAAGCUAGCAAAAUGCCAUCCAAUUCAUCUGCAGGGGAAAGUAUUGCCAUGGCGCUGUUUGACUAUGAGGCCAUUCACGAUGGAGACCUCGGCUUCAAGAAGGGAGAGAAGCUUAAGAUCUUGGAGGAGAUGGGGGAGUGGUGGAGAGCUAUGUUAAUAAGUACAGGUCAGGAAGGCUACAUCCCCAGCAAUUAUGUAGCCAAAGAUACUCUGGAGGUAGAGGACUGGUUCUUUAAGGGCGUGAGCAGGAAAGAUGCUGAGAGGCAGCUGCUGGCUCAAGGGAACAAAGUAGGAUCCUACAUGAUCCGAGACAGUGAGACGUCCAAGGGGAGCUACUCUCUGUCUGUCAGGGACAGCGAUGUCCAACAUUCAGUCAAACAUUAUAAGAUCCGAACACUGGACAACGGAGGAUUCUACAUCUCUCCUCGCAUCACCUUCAUCACGCUGCAGGAGCUGGUCAACCAUUACAAGAAGCAGGGAGAUGGCCUCUGUCAAACCCUGACCAGUCCGUGCCUGAGCCCUAAGCCUGACAAGCCGUGGGAGAAAGACGCCUGGGAAAUCCCAAGAUCAUCUCUAAAACUGGACAAGAAGCUUGGUCAAGGCCAGUUUGGAGAGGUCUGGAUGGCCACAUACAAUAAGCAUACCAAGGUAGCAGUGAAGACCAUGAAACCUGGCACCAUGUCAGUUGAAGCCUUUAUGGGGGAGGCCAACCUGAUGAAGACCCUUCAGCACGAUAAACUGGUCCGACUCCAUGCUGUGGUCUCCAAGGAGGAGCCUAUCUAUAUCAUAACUGAAUACAUGGAGAAAGGUAGUUUACUGGACUUCUUAAAGAGUGAUGAAGGAAACCGUGUCCAGCUCCCCAAGCUUAUUGACUUCUCUGCCCAGAUUGCAGAGGGCAUGGCCUACAUCGAGCAGAGGAACUACAUCCACAGAGACCUGAGAGCUGCCAACAUCCUCGUCAACAAGGCUUUAGUUUGCAAAAUUGCUGACUUUGGUCUUGCUCGUAUUAUUGAAGACAACGAGUACACAGCCAGGGAAGGAGCCAAAUUCCCCAUCAAAUGGACAGCCCCAGAGGCCAUCAACUACGGUUCUUUCACCAUCAAAUCUGAUGUCUGGUCCUUUGGCGUCUUGCUGAUGGAGAUUAUCACCUAUGGGCGCACUCCAUACCCAGGGCAGACCAACCCGGAGGUGAUCCGUUUCCUGGAGAAGAACAACAGAAUGCAGCGCAUUGAGAGCUGUCCCCGCGAACUCUAUGAUAUCAUGCUGGAGUGUUGGAAGAACAAGCCAGAGGAACGUCCCACCUUCGAUUACCUGCAGAGCGUGCUUGAGGAUUUCUACACAGCCACAGAGAGCCAGUACCAGCAGCAGCCAUGAGACUGGACAUCCACAGAAGUUUUCUCAGAGUGAUCUUCCAGUCAUACUUAGCAGCAGUGCAGUUCAGAGAGUCCUUUAAACUGCACUCAACCAUCUUUUUUUCUCUUCUUAACCACAUGAUAUACAAGGGACUGUACAAAACUUAUUGGGGAGAUUUAUGACGUCUUUUUAUUAUAUAUUGUCUUUUUUAUCUAACUACAGGUAUUUCUAUCUUAUAAAACUAGGCCCUAACUAGCAUUUUAUUAUAUUUUGUUGGGCCCCUCUCCUGUUCAAUGAGUUAGAGCAUUAUAAAGGUAUAUAGUCACAGUUGAAAGCUCAAGACAAUAAAAGAUAUAGAUUCAAAAUACACAAUAAAUACUGUCUGAUUAUUAUUACUGUUAAUAUUAGAACCCCGAGUCUGGAGCACAUGACAAUAGAUAUUGCAAGACUAUAUUCUGUAGGUUUGGUCAAAGGGUAAUAUGCAACAUCAGCUGUACUGGAUAUUCAUCUUUACAAUACUGACCAUUAAUCAUUUGUCAGUCUUGUCAAUCAGUAGAUCAGUGCAUUAUGUUUACAUUCAAAUACUGAUAUACUGAUAUAUAUGGUUUCUUUGUUUCAUCUGCAAUCUUUAGUAUGAAAAGUGACCCACAACAGAGAGCUUAAUAUUAAAAAAAAUUCUCUAUGUAGCCACGUACUCUUGGAAAACCCAAGAGUACUUGGCUGCGGACAAGAUGGCAGACCUUCGUCCUCAAUGAGCACAUGUGCAGUACACGUCCAUAAGCCCAUGCACAACAGACAUCUCCGUGCUUGAAAGGACAUAAUGCCAUUUUCAUCCCCAUGAAGUGGCACAAAUACUCUUUCACAGAUUUAACCAAAGAGUAAUACACAAAUGUAUCAAAAUAUACAAACUUUAUUCAUUAGAAAUGUAUUUUAAAGGUCAACUGACACUGUAGUUUGCAUUCGGUACCUUCUCAUUAGUUUUUUUUUGCCGGGCCAAUAUAACGUUUUUAAAGUCUUUAAAAAGUCUCUUUAUUGAAAUCUAAUUAGUUAAAAACUAUUUUGUAUAACACUGUAUAAACAAUGUGAAUAUAGGCUAUAGAUUGAUAGAUCAUUUGUCAACCUUGGAGAAUCACAAAACUAAUGCCCACAACCUCUUAUUAGAUGCAAUUUAGAAUUUUAUUGGUGAAUAAUACUAAUUAGCAAGGGCAAAGCAAACAACUCAAUCAGGUCAAAAAGGACUUUAAAUGUAUAAACAAUUAAUGAUAUAAACCUUGGACACUAGAAUGACUAAGGAUGGAAUACCUAUGAUUGUUCCCUAGCCACGGACUGUGGUAUUUCUAGUUGGAGAAUCAUCACUCCGUACAAACUCCAAAUAAUCCACAUCAAGAAACCAUGUCCAAUAUUAAGAAUUUGUAUCUUCAUCAGGUUGAUACAAUCCAGUCUAAGAAGCUAACCCUCUGAUCCUGAGGUUUGCUGGAGUUUUGUUGAACUCCACAGUUUCAGCUGAAAAGUUGUCCACUUGAAGAGGAACUCAGACAAAGAACUCACACAUCCUCACAUCUCUAUUUGCAUACUUUGUGGCCAUGUCCCCAUCCAUUACUUCCCUCCCACUUACAGUUAACACACACACACUCUUACUGAAGCAGCCACACUUACAUCCUGUGUUAACUGUACCAUUACAUCAUACCAGAUGUUCAGCAAAUCAUCACUUCACAAAACAGCACGUUCUUCUUAAAGUGACCAGGCAGAGGGAUUUCAACUCUUCUGGACGAUGUAUAUAAGUUAAAAUAGUAAAUAUGCUUGGAUAAGCAGAGCAGAAACACUGGGAUACUGAGAGUACUCUAUUGUAAAUUGCCAGAGGAAGGGUAGUGGUAAGUUUGGUGCGAUUUGAACGUGAGAUGUUCACUGUUGAUAUAAUUUAAUAAACAGGCGACCAGCACUCUUUAGCAGGCAGUGUGCUUACAGUCAGUCUGUGAACAGAGUUGAACAUUUUUAGUUCUACGACCUCACAUAAACUACAGAAUCGCGGCCAGAUCAUUUAAAUUUCAUUUCCAUAGGCAUCAAUAUUUGUUGAAUCACUUCCUGGUUGACAAUUUGUCUUCAAAGUAAAAGCACAACUUUUCGUUUCAUUGCUGCAAUGCUUUAUACUGAGCAGAAUUACAUAGCUUUUAAUUAAGAAAGUUGUGAGCUUGGGUCUGGAGAUUGUGUGGAUGUUUAAUAGACCUCUGAAACAGCUAACAAGCAAUGUAUGAACAAAUACCACCAUUUAAGUCAAUUAUUCAAAAUUUUAUACAAGCCACACACGUGAACAGUAAUAAAGCUAUUUCUGAUUAAUUUUAUGAAAAACAUUGACUAUAAAAUCUUCACUACAGAUAAACUACAACUAGAUUAACACAGACUUUAUUAACUUCCCUCUGCACCAUAGACUGUUUAUAAAAAGCUCUUCACACAAACAAUAAAAAGUAACAAGGAAUUGAAGAACUGUUUGAGGAAGACACAUUAAUGAAAAUGAAUAAUUCUGAAGUAACUCCAGAGCUUUAACACACGAAAAGAAAAGAAAACUGCACUAGUUUUAAAAAAUCUGACAACGUCCUUGAAUUGAAAUUGAUUAACCAUUCUUCCAUUUUUCCAAACCUCACCCACUGUAUAAUGUUUCUGCAAUCCCUAGCAUUGCAACACCUUCUGUGUAACAUCAUACGUCUGUGUAGAAGGCCAGACUAUCCAGUACAUGCUUUUUUAAAACACAACUAUCUCAAUACGUAUAUAUAUAUAUACAUAUAUGAUAUAAUUCAACAUAGUACAAAGAUCCAGUCAGAAGACUGGAUUUUGCUGUUCUGCUCCAACACACAUUUUUCAUCCACCAGGUACAACCACAACAAAGUUGUCCACAGUGAAAUAUGUACAGUAAGCAAAGCUGUAAAUUGAACAGUGUUUGACAAAGUGAAAGAAAAGUGAAUACUGUGACCUGAUUCCAUAGAUAUGUUUCCAUUAUGCUGUAGCUUGAUUCCACAUUACUCCUUGAUAGUUCCUUUUGCAGGGAUUUUUUUCAGCAGAGCAAAAAGUUAAUAAUAUAUUUUAUAUGCUCCUUAUAUAUAGACGUAUAUAAGGAAAUAGAGUUAUUUAAGAACAGGGUCUGUGAAGCCAUAUUAACACCUGAUUGUUGAUUCUUCUCUCCCGUUAUAAGGUUUGUUUUAUGCAUACAUACAUGUCAUCCUUUUUUUGUUUUGGGAAAAUAAUGGAUGUGGAAAUAGUAGAUAAAUGUGCUGUACAUCCUUUUAUGUGGAAUAUAAUGAAUAGCUCAACUGUAAAUGCUGUGUUGUUUUCUAACACUGUUUCUGUUUCUCAUAUUUUUGUAAAUAGUAUUGGCUAAGAUUUGUUGCACAAUCACUCAGUGCUGGGAUGAUCAUCUUUUCGAAAAUUGAAUUGAACACAAAGCAAAUCAUGUGAUUUCAACAAUGUAAGAGUUGCUGUGACACACAAAGAGUUGAUAGUUGACAACAUUGUUUCAAAUCCCAGCUCUGUACAUAAUGUACUAUGUAAGGUGCCGAAUAUUUUUGUGUUUUUCUUCUUCAAUAGAAAACCCUUUGUUAAGUUUGUUAGACGCUUGGUUCAAUAUGACUGUGAUGAAAAUGUUCUAAUAAAUUGUUUGCAACAAUUUUUAAUAAAUUCAUACAUAUAAUAGUUUACAAA